GUGCCUAAUUCACCCCCUCCCCCUCUUAGGCUAGAGCACCCGAUCACUUUCAACAUGGAACAGUCCUUCCACGCCGUGAUGCCUCUCGCCAUCUCCUUCGUUCAUGCAAUCUAAUCAGUGCGUUCGAGUGAACUGCAUUGUCACGGCAUCACCCUAACACGUGCGGCACAAGUUCUACUUUUCUCCGUUCAAAUAGCUAGGACAAGCAUUCUCGCUCAUCACCACGAUUUGUUUGGCUGGAGAUUAGAGCCUUUUGUCACAUACAGUCACCAAGAAACUAUGAGCUGCUACUUCCCACUGGGAACCAUGCUUUGGGUCCUAUGCAUCUUGCAGUUCAUGCUCCACAUGGCAGGUGGCUGCGCUAUCGAGGAGAGGAUUGCUCUUAUGCGCAUCAGAUCUUUGUUGGUGGAGGCAAACUCUGAAGUUCCUGCUUCUUGGGGAUUGAGUGACGACUGCUGCUCCUGGGAAAGGGUCCGAUGCAACAACAGCACACGAGUGUCGGGUCUCAACCUCGACUCCGUGUAUGUGUAUCAGACCUGUGUACGAGAUCCAUGCUGGAAUCUCAAUUUGACCAUAUUUUCCUCGUUUCAUGAGCUACAGCAGCUGGAUUUAUCUUGGAAUUCCGCUCUUCUUCAAAACUUUUUUUCCAGUACUUCGUGCCAAAAAACCUUGUUCAUAUUUCAUAAGAACUUUUACCCAGGUCUUGAAGGAUUGACUAAGCUUCGCUAUCUCAACCUUAGCGGCAACAGCUUGGUCGAGAAUAAUAUCUUGGAAUCUCUUGGUAAAUUGGCUUUUCUUGAAGUUGUAAAUUUUGACGAAACCGGUUUGCGCGGCGCUCUUCAGAAUAUUGCUUUAAGAAAUCUCAAGAACUUGCGAGAUUUGAGUCUAGCAGGGAAUCAAAUGAAUGGAAGCAUCCCGGCUUCCUUAUUUGAGCUUCCAUGCCUUGAAUAUUUGGACCUUUCAGACAAUCUCCUUAAAGGACACAUACAUAUAGACCUCUCAACAAACCUUAGGAACUUGCGAGAACUGCGUCUUAGAUCCAACAGAUUGAAUGGAAGCAUCCCAGCUUCGUUAUUUGAGCUUCCUCGCCUUGAAUAUUUGGAUCCUGCAGAAAAUCUCCUUCAAGGACAUAUACCGAAGAUGAACCUCACAGGAACCCUCAAAAACUUGCGAGAACUGCAUCUAGGAUCCAACCGACUGAAUGGUAGCAUCCCAACGUAUUUAUUUGAGCUUCCACGCCUCAAAUGCUUGGAUCUUUCGGGAAAUCUCCUUGAAGGAAAUAUACCUAUAAACUCAGCUUCAAAUCUUUGUUUAUCGCUUCAAACUCUGAAUUUAGCAGCAAAUAAUCUAAAUGGAAAGUUUGAUUUCUUUUGGCUACGGAACUGUGCCAAGCUAAAGGAGGUAGAUCUGUCAGGGAAUGCUAAAUUAGCUAUUGAUGUGAAGUUCCUUACAAGUGUGACUCCAUUUCAACUGAGAGCACUAAUGCUCUCUGGGUGUAACCUUGACAAUACAAUCAUUUCAGGACCAAAUUUAUUUGGCACACAACGUCAUCUGCAAUUCCUUGAUCUGUCCAACAACUUUUCAGGGAGCCUACCCAACUGGAUGUUUACAAAUGAAGCGCCUUUGCUCUAUCUGGGUCUUGCACAUAACUCGCUAGUAGGAUCAUUGGAUCAUCUAAUGUGGCAGCAACAGUCAAAUCUCCAAAAGAUCAACAUAUCUAUGAACUACUUCACAGGACAGCUUCCAAUGGACAUCAGCUCAGUAUUUCCGAAUCUGACAGUUCUCGAUCCUUCUUACAAUAAUAUUUCCGGACAUUAAAAACUUGGAAUUCGUGGAUCUAUCUAACAAUAAACUUACAGGAGAGGCGCCAGCUUGCUUGUUCACUGAGUGUGGACCGCGGGAUUAUUUCCUGAGGCUCUCGAACAACAAUCUGGGGGGGGUCCGAUACUUGGUGGGGCUAAUAAUAUUUGUGGAGGAGCAAUAUAUCUUGAUAGCAACUAUUUUGAGGGACCAUUGCCUAACAAUCUAUCAGGUGAAGUGUCACUCAUGGAUUUUCAUGAUAAUAAAUUGUCAGGUGACCUUGAUGUAUCGUUUUGGAAUAUUCCUUUAUUGCAAUUUCUUAGUGUUGCUAGCAAUGGUUUAGCUGGUCAAAUUUAUCCAACGAUUUGCAAAUUGACUAGUCUUGGCUAUUUGGAUAUAUCCAACAACGACUUUGAAGGAUCUAUACCAAACUGCAGCAGUAAGCUAAUGCUGAAUUUUUUUUUUUUGAACAUCUAAUGCUGAAUUUUGUGAACAUGUCAAGCAAUACCCUCUCAGGAUUUCCUAGUUAUUUUUUCGAUAGCUCCAACAUUGAAGUUCUCGAUAUAAGAUAUAACCGGUUCAUGGGAAGUCUUGAUUGGACACAACAUCUUUAUCAAAUAAAACUGCUCUUGUUGGGCGGGAAUAUGUUUGAGGGGCAUAUCUCUGCAGGACUUUGUCAUCUCCAGUACUUGAAUAUUAUUGAUUUGUCGCGCAACAGACUUUCAGGUUCAUUGCCACCUUGCAUUGGUGUUGUCCCAUUUGGAUACCAUACAGAUGAUGAUGAUUUUUUGUCCAAUUUUUUCUACGAUGUGCCCAUUGAUGUGGCGCUUUCUAGUAUGGAUUUUGACGAUCCGUUCUUGUAUGAUGUCAUUUAUGUCCUCCAAGGCUUCACCUUUUCCACCAAAGGGAACAUUUACACAUUUAGCCGCGGUUUCUAC